AUGAAAUCAUCAGCCAAAUUAGACAAGACUCAAGUUGUGGUGGAGCAACUCUUUCUCGAUAGGCCGAAGCCGGAAGAAGUCCACCGGUUCAGUCUCGACAGUGACAUUUGCUGGUGUAGUUCGGCUGCGUUCGACUUCGCAAUCUUCAAAGUUGCUUUGCCACGAGAUAAUAAGCUCGACCGAUGCACAAUGUCGACCAAUCUUUUGAUCAUGCUUAUGCCAUCAUUCCAGCUAGAAUCACAGGUUGGAGCGGAAACCAAGUGGUUCUCUCCUCUUUGUCAGCUCCUGGUCUAUCUGGAAGCGCGAUUAUGUGCACAAAAAGUGGAGUACUAG